AUGGCGGCGCGCAGUGCUGUGUCUCGUGGUCUGUUCCAUGAGGCGGUGCGGUCGGUGCUGGGGAGCUGGCCGGUGCUCCAGAUCGCUGUAGAGAAUUGCUUUGGGGGUCCUUAUGUCCAGGAGAAGGCAGAAUGGAUGGUGGGAGCCGUGGAUCAGUAUUUUCAUACUAACUCUGACCUGGAGCAGUAUGAGGUAGAAGAGACCCUACAGGCAAUAAUGAAUGAUGAGUUUGAUACAGUAGUGGAGGAUGGAAGUUUACCUCUGAUAGCCCAGCUGCUGUGCACUUUGCAUUCUCAGUGUCAGCGUGGAGACACAGCUGCAGUGCAGCAAAAGAUCACACAGCUUUCUCAGAAGAAGUACAACGUGAAAGCCAAUGUUCAGGAAGUGAAAGCUAAGGAGGAUGAGGAGGAAAGCAGUGAUGGUGACGAGGAAGCAAUGGAGUGUGAGACGAGUAUCAAUACGUCUUCUGCUGUAGUGAGCGUUUCCAGCACAUCAGAGGCUGGUGGGCACAGCGGGGAUCUUCAGGAGCCGGAACAAGAAGCUGAUGGAUGGACUGUGGUGCGGAGAAAAAAGAAGUGA